UCAUCAGCCAAUCGCCUGCUCUGGCGCGCAGUCCUCUGUGGAUCCAAAAUGGAUGGAAGAACUGGGUGAAUGUAGAGUCGUAAGAGCGGCGUGGGCAAGAAUGGAGGCGGUGGCGGAGACUCAGGCAGAGGCUGCAGCCAAAGAGGCCUUGGCAGAAGUGACAAAUAUCCUGGCACCUAUAGGCCUGCAGGAGGAGGCAGAACUGCCCGCCCAGAUCCUGGCUGAGUUUAUUAUGGAUUCCCGAAAGAAAGACAAGCUGCUUUGCAGUCAGCUUCAGGUAGUAGACUUCCUACAAAACUUCUUGGCUCAGGAGUACACUCUCCAGGGUUCGGAUCCCUUGGCUUCUGAAGAUAUAAGCCGGCAGAAAGCAGUUGCAACCAAGGAACAAUGGAAAGAGCUGAAGGCCACCUACCAAGAGCAUGUGGAAGCCAUCACAAGUGCCCUGACCCAGAUCUUCCCCAAGGUAGAGGAAGCCCAAAGGAAGAAGGCACAGCUUGAAGAGGCCCUUGUACAGCUCCAGACCAAGAAGCAAGUGGCCAUGGAGAAACUCAGAACAGCCCAAAAGCAGUGGAGGCUGGAACAGGAGAAACGUCUGCAGUGUCUGGCUGAGGUUUCUGCAGAAAUAAGGGAGCAUCAGACAGGAACUCAGCAAGAACUUGAGCAUCUAUCUCAGGAACUUGAAAACCUGAAGCAACAGGCAGCACAGGAGCGUGACAAGCUACAGAGACACCAGACCUUCCUCCAGCUACUAUACACCCUUCAGGGUGAGCUGUUGACUCCUGAAGCAGAGCUACCACAGGAACUGAAUCUUCCUAACCAUAAACCCCAGCAGCUGACCCAGCCCCACGAGCACAACACUGGAGACAACAUGGGGAGAAACACGGGUGUGUCUUCUAAGGAUGAACUAUAAACUUCUGAACAAGACCUGACUUCUGACAAAUCCCAGGUUCUGCAUUCUGUUGAUUAAAAGCCCUGGAGCUUUCUCAGUUGUCUGUUUAUCUGUUCAUAUGUUGCUGGGAACAGCCAUACUCAGGCCAGCAGCGUGACAGGGACUGAGAAUGGUGUGAAUAGAAUAUGUUAAAAGGGUGAGUGGCCCUGGGGUUCCUUUUCCAAGUUGAUGUGAUGCAAACAUUCUGAGUUUUUUCAGGGAGGAGGAGAACACUUUAUACGAGGGUUAGAUAGAGGAAGAUAAUAUUAAUCACUGAUCCAAAUGUUUGUUGAACUCCUAUUUUGUGCCAGACCCGUUGCUGUGAACUAUAGCUAUAGUGAUAGGCUUGUCUGACCAAUCCCUGGCCAUGUGGAACAUAAUGGGUAUGAACAAGUCAACAGUUUAAUAAGAUGAUUUCAAAGCAGUAAUAAUAGUUUGAUGAAAAACAAUAGUGAGAGAAUAUAGAUACUGCUUUCUGUUUGUAUUGGCCUGCUGUGUUAGUAUUUCUGUUAUGUGUGUUUCUGCAUCUGUUGUUUUCCAUCUCCAUUCUUCUGUGCUUCUCUUGCUGAGUGUGAGGACAGUGAGAGCCACUGCUGUGUUUGUGAGAGAUUGCAUUCACUGAUUGGUAGUGCGGGACCAGUUAUCUAAGAGAGAAAGAGAUUGGUGACAACUUUCAGAGUUAAAAGUUAUUCUAUAUGAUAAAUGGACCUUCCUGUGUGAGAAAGACCUAGACAUCUCUAUGAGAAAGAGACAUUGGCACCCUGUUUUUGGUGAGCAAGUUUCAAGAGACAAUUGGUCCCAGUUCUAUUUCAGACUGGAAUGCCUUCUCUCCAGUGGAAAUUGAAAUCUCUGUGCACUCUCAUGUUUCAUUCUGCUUUUCUGAGAUGUCACUAGUUUUCUUUCAAAUUAUUUUAAAUGCAAAAGCCCUAUUGUAUGCAAUAGAAAAAAUAUCAGAGGUCCUGCUCCACAACUGUAAUCAGGGGAAUUGGUGAGGAUUGAAGCUAUUUCUAUUUCUGUAGGGAGCAUAAAAAUACCCAGAAAAGUCUUUCUCAAUCCACCCAUCCUAAUCUUCCCACAAGGUCCUUGCUGUAGCCAGCCUUUCGGUAACCCAAAUAUCCAGUCCUGUCCCUCUUUCUCUUCCUUCUGAAGUGAGUUCCUUAUCCCUUACAGUUUGGUUUCUUUAAGCUGAAAUUUUUGCAACACUCAGGAGAGAGCAAGACUAUACUCGCCCUAGGAAAGGGGUAUGUACUAAGGGACACAGUUUAGGAUGGUAUGGAAUUUCCUGGCCUUGCACACAUGGUAUCUGACAGAAAGUCAACAGGGACAGAGACUUUCAGCAGACUUGGAUGAUAUCCUGAGACAAUCCAACCCAGAGGAUAAGGGAGGAGAUUGAGCAAGUCUGCAGUAACUGGGUCUACAAAAUUGCUAGAAAUCAUGUUUCAUUCAAGGAUCCUGGGAUGAGGCUGGCCAUUUGGGAAAAGAGACUUGAGUAUCUGUUCAUUUCAAAUCCCCGGAAUCGCCUACAUGGAUGGAACCGUUAGUAGCUAAAAACAUCUUAAUGACAAGCUCAGGAAUUGGGACUUACAAAAAUGUUCAGAUAGAAACUGGAUUUCAGCCUCCAGCUGUUUUUCAGCUCUCUCCUACAUUUCCCUAAAGACUAUCUCAAUUCACUAAUAAUUGCACAAGGUAAAUGCAUGCAAAGAGGGAAUCUACUCCUAGGAAAUUGUGACCUCAUACAUGAAAACUAAGUCAACAGUGAUUGCUGAACAGGCCUUACUGCCUGCCAGUUUCUCUUCCUCUUUCCAUCCAAAGGAGAGUAGAGAGGAGUAGGGACUGACUAAUGAAUCAGCAGCUUAUAAUCUUUUUUUUAAUCCUUUUAAUAUCUGUAGCCUGUUUUUGGACAACUUAAUGUUAUAUUCCUGAUAUCUUUAUGUGUGUGCCUUAGUCUAAUUUUUUCCUUGAUCCAUCUUUUCAAGUGUCCAUUCUUUUUCUAAGGUUGGCUUUUAUGAUCUGCUCUUAUGUUCUGCUUUGUUGAUUUGCACUCAUAUCUUGAUCAUUUCCUGUCUUCUGUUUUUAGGUAGAGAAAGUGUACAUUGUUGGUAAACUCUUUGUUUUUAUCUGAUGAUGAACAUAUAUUUGGAUCUUUGUUCUCUGAAAUAAACAUUUCUUCUGACUUCCUGUCAUUCAAUUCAUAAUAUUUCUGUUACAAGUAUUUAUUUGAUUAAUGAGUUUCUUAGAAAAAUAGUUCUGGUUUUUUCUGCUCUGGGAGGAUGAUCUUUCUAAGUUUAUUCUAAUUUAGUUAAAGAAUAUCAUGUGUAUAAUUGAAAUUUGGGGAGGAAAGCGUUUUUUUAUAAUGCUUCAUGCAGAUUUGAAAAUAACAUGUUUCAGAAUUUUGUAAUGUUUUCUAUAUAUUAGAUUAUGCUUGUUUUUUUUUUUAAUUUCAUUAUUUUGUUUUCUGAAUUUCUCCUGAGAAGAAUAUAUUCAAGCCUGAAAAUAUGGUGAAUUUGUUUAUUUAUAAUUUGGUUUGAUUUUGCCUUACCUGCUCUGCAGCUACUUUAUAAGAUACAUGCAAAUUUCCACUUGAUCUUUCUUCUAAACUAAACUUUUACUAGUGUGUAGUAAAGGCCAGUGUUUUUAGCCUUGAAAUCUAAUAGAUUUAAUAUGGUAGAUGUUUCCUACAGACUUUUGAGUUUAACCUUAUGUUUAUUUCUUGUAUACCAUAUUAAAGAGCAUUUUUUAAAAUGCAGAUUCAUGAUCUUUGCCUUUAAGCUUUUGUGUCAGUUUUUCAUUCCCUCUCCCCUUUUUAUUCCUUUCUUGCCUUUUGGUGAUGACUAAAGUGCUAAAAUGACUAACUUUAUUCCAUCUCCAUGUUACUAUUUUCAGCAUGAGAAAGAAAUAAAGAGAAAAGUAGAGAAAUGGCAAACACAGAGGAGAAAUUUAAUUAUUAAAUAUGUAAUGUUUACAUGAAUAUAUAUUCACAAUACACACAUGCCCAUUAAAGUUAGCAGGAAGAUUAGAUGGAGUAAAUUACAAAGUCUGUAUAACUCAUAUUAGACUUUUUUGUUCAAAUACAGAGCCAUUUGUUCUUCAAAUUCCUCUUUAUAAAACAUACUUUUUUAAAUAAUAAUUUAUUCUUUUAAUUGUGGUAACAGUAUUUUCUCCGUUAAGUAUCACCACUAUAUAGUACCUGCCACCAAAUCACCCAGCGUCCACCACCAAUAGUCCAUUGUGCGCUCUUCCCUCUUUGUUCCUGCAUAUGCCCCAUGCCUUCAACUGUUUGAAUGCUUCAGUUCUAUAGUCAGUUUUCAAGGGUUAGCUUUUAAGCUUGUUUUUCUCAGGUUCUUAGUUUGGUUUCUGAAUAUUCUACUUAUUAGUGUAAACAUCUGGUAUUAUCUUUCUCCUUCUGACUUAUUCCACUUAACAUUAUCUCUUCCAACUCCACCCGUGUUGCUGCAAGUCUCAUGAGUUUAUCUUUUUUGAUUGCUGAGUAGUAUUCCAAUACCUGUGUAUAUAUACCACAUCUUCAUAAUCCAUUCAUCUAUUCUUGAGAACUUAGGCUCUUUUCAUAUCCUUGCUAUUCUAACCAGUGCUGCAGUGAAUAUGGGAAUGCAAAUUUCCUUUCAAAUUAGUGUUUUUGUGUUCUUUGGGUGGAUACCUAGGGGUAAAAUAGCUGAGUCAUAUGACAGGUCUAUUUGUAGUCUUUUGAGAAACCUCCCUACUGUUUUCCAUAGGGGUUGGAGGAGUUUACAUUCCCAGCAAUGGUGUAUCUUUGUAUUAUUAAUGAACAUAAUUGUCAUGUUUCAAAGGAACAAAGCAACUUUGAAAGUAUUUAGUAAUUGUUCAUUGGAUCACAUUUAGGGAAAAUUUCCCAAGAGCUCAUUUUUAAAUAAGGGAAAUUAUAAGAAGGGCAGCUGUGUUCCAAACAUAAAUUCUAAAUUAACAGAUAAAGACAAUCCAAGUUUCAAUUUAGGAUAGGAAGGAAAAAUAUGUGAAUAAUUCUAAACAAAAAAAUAAUAUUUAUCAUUGUUAAGUACUAAGAGUAGAAUGUUUGGCAGCACCAAGGAGAAUUAUAUAUACUAGACAGAAAGAACAUUAUGAGGAAAGGAAAGGAAGUGAGAGACUGGCAUUUUCAGGAUUGCAUGUGGUCAAGCAGAGCUUGGAGCAUAGGGUAUAAGGGAGGAAAUGGGAGUAGUGAAUUACGAAAGCCUUUUACCCUUACCCAAAUUGCUAUAGUCAGCUUUUACCCAGAAGCCACGGAAACCUAUUACAGUUUUCUUUAGUAACAAAUCUUAAGUACAUUUUAAUAUAUUGAAGAGAAGUCAUAUAAUUGGUACCUACAUUGAUGAGUCUAGGCAGAAUGCACAUUAGUAAGCAGCACUAAUGCUUCCAUUUUCCUGAGGUAAAAACGUCUCCCUGAGUAGCCAUUGCUUAUUAUUGGGACUUGUUUUAAUGACAGUAACUAAACAUCUGGAAUCCAUUUGAGUAAUUGUAUAUACUAACAUAGCAUUAGAGUGACACCAGAAUGGACUCUCUAUAUUUUAGUAUGCUACUACUAAAAAAUAAGUAGAAUACAAUGAUCAUAAUUAUGAACAGCUGCAUAUUAUACCCGCCAAAAAUAAUCUGAAGCAGUUCACUGACACUAAUAUCCCUGGAUGGUGACAGUUACCAAUCAGAACAUGUACUUAUCAACUGGAAACUGAACCACCUAGCCUAUGGCUCAGGGCUCUUUGGUCUGGUCACUGAAGGCUGAUGACUUUGAGAACAUUGGAAUGCAUUUUCAGCAAUGCAAACAAAAUGACUGAUUGUACCUGAGUAAUAUUCUUACCAAGAUUUUAGGGACUAACUUGAAAUUAGGAGAGAAAAAUCUCAACCAUAAUAAAAGAAAUGUUAAAGAAUAGUAAUCUACUUUACGCAUAUUUCAAGAUGAAUGUUUUCUAAACAAUACUCUGAGUAUCAUAGUAACUUUAAUUUUAAAAAUCACAUUGAAAAGUACUCAGAGAUUACAGGAAUGCAAGACAAGCUUAAUAUUAGGUGCCUGUGUCUCUCUUGGCACUAGCUACAGGCUAUUUUAAAUCAUUUUAAAAAGAUUAGAUAAGUCUUAUUUGAUUAAAAAAUUAGGUUGAUAUCUUAAGAAGAGGUCUUCUAUUUUAGCCCCUCCACCUCCACGUCUACUCCCAUUUUAGGAAUUUUCAGGAACUAAUCCACUAAAUUUAAUUCUGGUAUGGUGGUUGUGGCAGUGGUGAACUGAAAAAAUGCAUAAUAAAACAGUCAGGUACUUCUAAUAAUCGUUUCUUGCAUAUCUUUUGUAUAAUACAAAAACUAAAGGUAUGGGGUUCCAUGUGCCUUGAGGCAAAACUUGUUUAUAUAUCUAAAUUUCUAAAAUAAUGAUUUGGAUAUUGCCUUAUAGUUUAUAUAUCUCUAAAAACUUAAUUCCCAAUAACCAAGAUGUGAUUUAAGGGAAAUAUUGUUAUUAGAUAACUCUUCCAUAACAUAUUUUCUGUUAGAAAUGUUAUAAUAUUUACUUUUAGUUUAGAAAUUUAGUUUGUAAAUGUUACUAGUGAGUUUUUUCUAGCUAGUUGUCUUGAGGGUCACAUUUUUAAAAAUACAUGUACCUUUACAUAUAUUCUAAACUGUAGAGUAAGGCAGUAUUCUCCCUUUGUAAAGAAUAAAUCAUUUAUUUUGCGUUAUUUUUUAAGGAGUUAUUUAUUUCAAUUAUGAAGACACCUGGAAGCUGCAGGAAACUCAUCUCACUUUGUUUCAGUAGUGAUUACUAUCAACUGUUAGCUAUUUUUUACCUGAGUAUCCUGUUUAUUUGUAAAGAAGCUUAAUGACAACUGGUUCAUUUUUCAGUUUUGUAUUAGCAGCAGAGUUCACACUUAGCUCUAGCUAAGAAUUCAAUAGACAUUUGCUUCUUGGAUUUAUUCUUGGUCUGACAAUAUUAAGGUUUUGUGAUGAGAACAGUACAGUUGUUCCAUUCCAUCUCUAUUAAAAUCUAAGCGUUCCUAUAUAAUUAUAUGAAAAUACAUAUAAUGCAUAUAAAAUACAGAACAAUUGAAAAUCUAAUAACUUUCUCCAGCCAUUACAUUCUUCACUAAACUACAUAUGCUUGGCAGAACUCUGGAUAGAGAACAUUCAUCCUUGUAACAACCCUCCGGAAGUUUCUGUAAACUUUUAUACUUUAUUCUUCAGUCACUUCAUUUGCCAUUUCUUUUACCCCUUGAAGCAUUUUGUAUUAAUAUGCAGUUUCCUUCUGCACUGAUCAAAUAUUCUAUUGGUUUCACUCUUGUGUUAUUACAUAAGAAGUCAAACAAUAUUGUUCAGAUUUUGUUGUGCAUCAAACAAAUUACAUCUGGAAAACAAAGAAAACUAAAACUACUGAUUCUUAUUUGUUCAACUUACGUUAUCCUAAGUCUAUCUUCCAUAAAAAUAGCCCUGUGAAGGCAAUAAGAGGCUCUUUGAAACUUUUAUUUCCCAUCUUGAAAUUAUUCUUUAAAUAUUCACUUGUAAAAUUUAUUAACUGAGAGGAUGAAGACCCAAAGAGAAGCAAGUUAAAUGCUAAUGGUAUAAUCGUUACACAAUUCAAGUAUCCUUUGAUCACAAACAUCUUUGACUAUCGAUAGCAAUGUGUUUUAUAAUUUGAGUUUAAUGACCAGUUGCUGCAAUAUUAUGUAGCAAAUUCUGAUUGGCUUUGAUCCCUGUGGGUGUAAAUUGUUUUUAUAAGAGUUAUCACCAAGUGCCAUUCUAAGCUCUCUCUUGCAUAAUAAAUAUCACUUGUCUGUCGUGGCUCUUCUGAUGGUCAUAAAUGUGAUGGACCGCUUCUUCCCACUCCCUCUCCCACAUUCCCCCUCCCAUAAUACCCCAUUCAGCCAGAACUGGUUGAUAAGACACUUAAAAUAUUUUUGCUCCACCUUUUAAAAUCAACUUGAUAUAAAUAUACCACAGAAAUAUGUGAAGUGGGUGGUUUAACUUCACAUGAGGUAGACUACAUCAAGGGAAUAUCUUGGAAAUAGUGAGCUGUGAAACAGGCCUUUGUAAAAUGUAUGUUUUGCCAAGGAAAUGUAGAGUAAAUUGAAGCAAAAUGAGAAAAAUUUCAGAAAAUAGGAAUUUUUCAAAAAAGUAAAUAGUAAAAUGUUUGAUAGAAGGAUGUAUGGGGUGGUUGUUUAAUGGGACAGAAUAGUGAUUGGAUUUUAGUUAGCAGUUAGUUGGACAAAAUAUGGUAAGUUAUGUUUUUAGAAGUUUGAAGUUCAGAGACAUAAACAAGUAGACAUUGGAACACUCACAUAACUGGAAAGCAAUGGAACUGGCAAGAUAAAUAUAUAAUUUUGCUUUGUUCUCAUGAAAAACUCAGAGAAUGAAAAUGUUUAUGUAGAGAUAAAUUGUCCAAAUUACUGGUUGUCACCAAACUCACACAGCUAUGUGCUUCAUACCUUCUUUUGGAAUUAGGUGUAGUCAUGUAAUUGAAAGCCAGAAAGAUGUGGAUAGCAAUGAUAGAAAUGAUAGCCUGACUUGUGAGCUCUCCCUCACACUACCUUGCUUCCACAGUCUACUAGCUAAAUGGAGAAAAGACAAGAUCAUCAGGAUGGUAGAGACAGAAAAUAGAGGAAACCUGGGGAACCUGAAUCUUUAUCAUUUGGAAGAAGGUAGCCUGUGGAAGGAUGACUUGGUUCACUCUGUAAGCAAAAAAAAAAAAAAAAACAACAAAAAAACCACACACAUUGCAUUAUAUGAAGCCACUGAAAGAUUAAGGUGGUUGUGUCAGAUACCUUAAGCCAGGGCCUAAUUUUGGUUCACCCAUAUCAAUAUUUCGAGCAAAUACCUUUCACCUUUGCUGAUAAUAAGCAUUUGUUGCACCAAAAAAAACCAACCAAAGACCUUGUGGAGGAUCUUCAUCUAAAAUAUAUAUAUGUCGGCUACAAACAGAAUUUGGGUCAAAAGUAGAGAUACUGGUUUGAUUAAAUUCUCCAUUUCUUACACCGAAGAUGUAAAAAUGUUACUGUAUAGUGCGUCACUCUUCCUUCAAUAUCAUUCUGUGCUGAAAUCUUGACCAUACCUGAUUUGAAGAAACAAUUGCUGCACUGUUUAUAGAUUAAAAUAUACAGUUACUUAUAAAAUACCUUUGUGUUUUUGAAAACAAAAGUUUGUCAUUUUACCUCACACUUAGAAAGAUGUGCAAAGUAUAGACCCUUUUAACAUGAGGGU